AGCUGUCCUUUCCACACACGACCAUCAUGUCGUCUUCAACAACAAUAACAACAACCGUACCAGCCAAUGUUGCUCAUCCUAUGCCGCCUGCUACGGCAGAUCUUGCAACAACAUGGGCUUUCCUCGAGGAGGGAGUGGACCAUAUCAUGACCAAGCUCCAGACUGGCGUCUCCUACUCCAAGUACAUGAGCCUCUACACAGUGGCAUACAACUACUGCACGUCGUCGCGCAUGCAUAGUACCACUGGUGAUGCCGUUGGGACGGGCAGCAGAACAGGGGCUAACCUGAUGGGCUCGGAUUUAUAUAACAAUCUCAUUCGAUAUUUCAUCACCCAUCUCAAGCUCCUCAAGGAUCAAUCCGAUAGCCUCCAAGAUGAAGCUCUCCUACGAUACUACGCCAGUGAAUGGGACAGAUACACAACAGGUGCCAACUACAUCAAUCGAUUGUUUACAUACCUCAAUCGCCACUGGGUGAAGCGAGAGCGAGACGAAGGUCGAAAAGGAGUCUACCCUGUAUACACGCUCGCCCUCGUGCAAUGGAAAUCAAAUUUCUUCCUCCACGUCCAGAGCAAGCACACGAAGCUCGCAGGUGCUAUCCUCCGAUUGAUCGAGCGCCAAAGAAAUGGCGAGACGAUCGAUCAGGGUCUUGUGAAAAAAGUGGUCGAUUCAUUCGUUUCGCUUGGUCUUGAUGAGACGGAUAUCAACAAGGCGUCCCUUGACGUCUACAAGGAACAUCUGGAGACGCCGUUCCUGGAUGCAACCGAGAAGUAUUACGAGCAGGAAUCCGAGGCAUUCCUCGCAGAGAGCAGUGUAUCUGACUAUCUGAAAAAGGCCGAAGAGCGCUUGAAGGAAGAAGAGGACCGUGUCGACCGAUACCUGAACACUGACACGAGGAAGCAGCUCGUCAGCAAAUGCGAGCAUGUACUGAUCCGGCAGCACUCUGACCUUAUGUGGGAGAGCUUCCAAAGCUUGCUCGAUUUUGACAAAGACGAAGACCUGCAGAGGAUGUACGCAUUGUUAUCUCGCAUACCCGAAGGCCUGGAGCCUUUGAGAAAGAAAUUUGAGGAACAUGUGAAGAAGGCGGGUCUAGCUGCUGUUGCAAAACUCUUCGGCGAAGGAUCAGAGGGUGCAGAUGUAUUGGAUCCCAAGGCAUACGUCGACGCACUGCUUGAGGUUCAUCGCAAGAACUCAGAAACCGUUACGAGGAGCUUCAGGGGAGAGGCUGGCUUUGUCGCAUCUCUCGAUAAGGCAUGUAGAGAAUUCGUCAACCGCAAUGCUGCAACGGGCCCGUCGACGACAAAGUCACCAGAAUUGCUCGCCAAGCACGCGGAUAUGUUACUUCGCAAAAACAACAAGAUGGCUGAGGAGGAGGACCUUGAAGGUGCUUUGAACCGCGUUAUGGUGCUUUUCAAGUAUAUCGAGGAUAAGGAUGUCUUCCAGACUUUCUAUGCUACGAAACUGUCGAAGCGUCUCAUUCAUGGCGUGUCUGCAUCGGACGAGAGUGAGGCCAGCAUGAUCUCCAAGCUGAAGGAGGCUUGUGGUUUCGAGUACACGAACAAACUGCAGAGAAUGUUCACAGACAUGAGUCUCAGUAAAGACCUUACUGAUCAGUUUAAGGAGCGUAUGCAGAAUCACGAGGACAUGGACAUCAACUUCUCCAUCAUGGUUCUCGGUACGAACUUCUGGCCGCUCAGCGCACCCAACAACGAUUUCAUCAUUCCUCCCGAGAUUCUUGCCACGUACGACCGCUUCUCCAAGUACUACCAGACGAAGCAUUCCGGUCGCAAACUGACCUGGCUAUGGAAUUACUCGAAGAACGAGCUGAGGACGAACUACCUCAAUCAGAAGUACAUCCUGAUGACCAGUUCUUAUCAAAUGGCAGUGCUUUUGCAGUACAACAAACAUGAUACGCUAUCAUUGGAGGAGUUGAUUACCGCGACGGCAAUCAGCAAGGACAUCUUGUCGCAGGUGCUUACGCUUUUGGUGAAGGCCAAGGUUUUGAUCAAUGAGGAGACCGAUCAAUAUGAUUUGAACCCUAACUUCAGGUCUAAGAAGAUCCGUGUCAACUUAAACCAGCCAAUUAAGGCUGAGGUGAAGGCUGAAUCAUCAGAGGUGCUCAAGACCGUCGAUGAAGACCGUAAAUAUGUGAUCCAGGCCACCAUCGUCCGAAUCAUGAAAGCGCGCAAGACGAUGAAGAACCAGCCCUUGAUUCAAGAGGUGAUCUCUCAGAUUUCGCAACGAUUCGCUCCAAAGAUUCCCGACAUCAAGAAGGCGAUCGACACACUUUUGGAGAAGGAAUACAUUGAGCGGGUGGACGGCACCAGAGAUACAUUCGCAUAUGUGGCAUGAUAUUAGUCUUUCAUCAAGCAAUCCAAUCCAAUCCCCUGUAUCAUACACUCUUUCUUGUAACCUAAUAUCGCGCAUUGUCCGCAUUCCGCAUUCCAGAGGGAUGGAUAUUGUCCCCCUCUUAUACACCUUUCAUAUCUCGAUGGCGAAAGAGCGUAUAUGUAUAAUCUACAAUCUCUGAUUGAUUAUCAGUGGCGGUCGAGUUGGCAGGUCGGUGAUGACUUCGGGAGUGUGUGAUUACAGGGCAGUGUUUCUCUGCUUUGUUGCACAGGACGGCGUAACUGCGCCCCAGCGCCGUAACUCCCCACAGGGAUCUUCGGCGUUGGUUACUUACCGACCGUGACUGCCUGCCCGGCCUAUUCGGGUCUUCGCCGCUGAGCAGUAA